AUUAUCCAAACUUCCCUUUGCUGUUAUUUAUAAAGAGUCUCGCGAACGUUUUUCAUAAAAUGCGAUGCAACCCAUUAAAGCGAGCAUUUUAUCUUUAGACUUUUUUUAUGAUCAGUAGAUUUAUGAAACCGGAACCUUCCGGCAAGUAUUUUACAGUGAAGCCGACUAAAAAUUUGGGACGGACCUAAUUGUUGACAAACGGCGUGAUAAUCGUUUCUCUAAAGAAAAUCUCGAUGGACGCCCUCCAGAGGAGGGGGAUUCGGGAAGAUCUGGUUCAGUACCAACUCUUCUUGGUCCAGACAGACGGUACAUCUCCGCAGCAGACCGAAGAACGCCUCAAACACCUGGCAGAGGAAAUUUUGGCUAACGUUGCCCAACUUCUGGUCCAAUACAUCUGGCAGGAGCAGCCGUUUAACCUCAAAUACCACCCUGAGAAAGGAGAUGUUCCUGCGCACAUUGGAGGCAGCACUCGGUUCGGAGACAACAUUGAGGAUGAGUGGUUUAUUGUUUACCUCCUGCAGCAGGUCACAGAGUUAUUCCCAGAACUUGUAGCCAGAGUUGAGGACAAUGAUGGGGAUUUUCUUCUUAUUGAAGCAGCUGAUUACCUUCCCAGGUGGCUAAACCCAGACACAAGUGAAAACAGGGUUUUCAUCUCCAGGGGAGAGUUGCACAUCCUUCCUUGCCCAUCCAAAUCCAGUUUAAUGGGCUUCUCACUCGACGUGGUCCCCAGUUUGGCCCAAGCUCUAGCACUGCUCUUUGCUCACCCAGAAGCUUGUCAGGCGAGCCCCAAAAUUCGUUCAGUUCUAAAGAAAAGGCUACGAGGGUACCCAGAGAAAAUAAAAAAUAAUCUCCACCGGGCCCACUGCUUCAUACCUGCAGGAAUUGCCUCUGUUCUGGCACAGCGUCCAGACUUGGUUGCCCCUGCAGUCUCUGCCUUCUACCUGCGGGAUCCAGUGGACCUGCAAGCCUGCCGUGACUUCAAGAUCUUUCCUCCUGAUACUAGAGUCGUCACUUUGGUAAAGGUGACAUUCACCCGCUGCCUGUAUGCCCAGCUGCAACAGCAGCAGUUCACCCCAGAUCGGAGGUGCGGCUUCAACCUGCCUCCUCCCUCUCAUCCAUUGUACAAGGCUUAUGACCUUGGAAUGAAACUGGCCCAUGGCUUUGAGAUCCUGUGCUCUAAGUGCAGACUGCCGUCUUUAGAGCCCGAUGCUCCUGUAAGCUGCAACCCUCAGUGGAAAAGCUUUUUGGAAAGUCUAAAAAAGAACGGCUACUUCCGAGGCCAGCUGGAAGGUUCAGCCGUUUACAAAGAACUCUUAAGAUCUGCAGAAAUUUUCUUCAAACAGUCGGUUGGCCCAAAGUCAGGCUUCCUUUCUGCAGGCGAGGAGGUUCUCCAGCUGCUUCACAGCAGUCCAUUCAACCUGGAAGAGUUAAAGAAACUUGAGACACAGCUCCCCCAGGAGGACAGUGACAGCUGGUUGGAUAUCACUGCUCAACAUUUAGAGCAGUUGCUGCAGGAGAGAAGCGGCGGGUUCGCCGAUGUCGGCAGCAAAAGCUGCAGUUCUGCCAAGCAGAAACUGCGAGUCGAGGAUGCUGCAGAGAAGGUGAAGGAGACUGAGGAGGAUACGAGGAAGGAAGAAGCAGGUUACAGUCUUGUAGCUGUCAGUCAAGGGAUGAAGGACUUCCUCAAUGCCAUGUCAUCUCAUGAAGGGGCAGAACCACCCUGGUGCAGUCCAACUCAGCCUUUUAGUUUUGACCCAGACUCGAUGGCCAGUGCACUAGAUAGGUUAUUAGGAAGCAAAGAAGAAGAGCUAGAUUCAGAUGAUCUGGAUGAUGAUUAUGAUGAUGACGAUGAUGAGGAGGCGGUAGACGAGACAGGGGAAGGCUCGUCUGAUCAUGUAGAGAUGAUGGGGACAGAAACUCUGGACAGCCUCAAAAGAUACAUGGACCAAAUGGAUCAGGAGCUGAAAAGCACUAAUGUAGGACAAAGCUUCAGUCAAAUGAAUUACAACAAGGCUGGCAUGGACAACGGGUCCUCUCAUUCCCCGAUGGGAGACGGGCCUCCGACAGAGGAGGGAGGAGUUGAUGAAACUGAGGAGGAGAUCCAGCCUUUAGACAUUGAUGUCAACUUGGUUGCAAAUCUCUUGGAGUCUCUGAGCAACCAGGCUGGCCUGGCUGGACCUGCCUCUAACCUGCUGCAGAGCCUAGGCAUACAACUACCACCCAACUCAGAUCCCUCAUAGAGAAGAGGACUGAACUUAAGAAUCAGAAACUAGUUCACAUUGUGAUGAAUAAAGAGAAGACAAAAUCUGGUGUCUUUGCUGUCAAAGAGUUUUGCUGGCCUCAACCAUAAAUCAAAAUAUUUGUUUUCCAUCCGUUCCAAGUGUGUUUGAAAUCACUCAAAACUAAACGGAACCUGUUUAUAUGGACUUUUAAUAUAUCCUUAUUUGUGUACUACUGCCAUUGGAUGUGUGUGUUUUUACCAGGUAAAUGUAAUUAUUACACGGAAUAAAUACAUUUUCUUAAUAGUCUUA